AUGGUGUUCAGAAUUUUUAAACAGUUCAAUGAAAAUCUACAGCGAAAAGUACGACGAGCAUUUCUAGCUGAACCAGAUAAAAUGCCACAACGGUGUGCCAUUGUCAUGGCAUCAGUUCUACUUCUGUCGAUUAUUAUUACCUAUAAUACAUUAUAUGAAAGAAAAAAAACUGAAGAAGGUAUUCAACCAGUUACCGUGACAGAGUUAUUUCGAGAACGUAAUGCAAAAAAACGACUUGAACAUUUAGAAUUACAACGAAAUAUUGCCAAAGCACGAGAGAGUGUGAAAACACAGUAG